AAGAUCCUCGAAUAGCAGCAGAGGGAGCGAGUUGGGGCGAGCGAGCGAGAGAGCGAGAGGGACAGAGAGAUGGAUGCGUUUGGGGGAUUCUUCGUCGACGAGAAAGCGGUCCGAGUGGAGAACAUCUUCCUAGAAUUCCUCAAGAGGUUCAAACCUGAUCCCAAUGCCGUGGAGACAUUCUACGAGUCGGAGAUCGAGACAAUGAGGUCCAAGGAAUCUACUACCAUGUAUGUGGAUUUCUCUCAUGUCAUGCGCUUCAAUGACGUUCUCCAGAAGGCCAUUGCGGAGGAGUAUCUCAGAUUCGAGCCCUAUCUGAGAAAUGCUUGCAAGAGGUUCGUAAUGGAGCACAAAUCAAGCGAGAAUAGGCCUGCCAUCAUCUCCGAUGACAGCCCUAAUAGAGACAUAAAUGUCGCAUUCUAUAACAUCCCACUGUUGAAGAGAUUGAGAGAUCUGACGACAUCAGAGAUUGGAAAGCUGACCUCAGUGAUGGGGGUGGUAACACGGACAAGCGAGGUCCGACCUGAGCUCCUUCAAGGGACAUUCAAGUGCCUCGAAUGUGGUGGAGUUGUAAAGAAUGUGGAACAGCAGUACAAAUACACAGAGCCCAUAAUCUGCAUGAAUGCAACGUGUGCAAACCGAACUAAUUGGGCACUGCUCCGGCAAGAAAGCAAGUUCACAGAUUGGCAGAGGGUACGGAUGCAAGAAACAUCAAAGGAGAUACCUGCUGGGUCUCUCCCUCGUUCGCUGGAUGUCAUCCUCCGCCAUGAGAUUGUUGAGAAGGCGAGGGCUGGAGACACGGUCAUCUUCACAGGUACUUUGGUUGCGGUGCCAGAUGUGAUGGCAAUGACUUCACCAGGUGAGAGAGCAGAGUGCCGGCGAGAGGCUCCUCAGCGUCGGAAUGCAUCUGGCGGUCAUGAAGGUGUCAGGGGCCUUAGGGCUCUGGGAGUAAGAGACCUCUCAUAUCGCCUUGCUUUCAUUGCAAAUUCUGUGCAGCUUGCAGAUGGUAGAAGGGAUGGUGACAUCAGGGACAGAAGGAUGGAUGGUGAUGAAAAUGACAAACAGGAGUUCACGCAAGAAGAGGAAGAUGAGGUUAUGAGGAUGAGGAACACUCCUGAUUUUUUCAAUAAACUAGUUGAUAGCAUAUGUCCCACUGUUUUUGGUCACCAAGAAAUAAAAAGGGCAGUACUUCUCAUGUUGUUGGGUGGUGUGCACAAGUUAACCCAUGAAGGAAUCAACCUUAGAGGUGAUGUCAAUGUGUGCAUUGUUGGAGAUCCGAGUUGUGCUAAGUCUCAGUUUUUAAAGUAUACUGCCAGCCUAGUUCCCCGAUCUGUUUAUACAUCAGGAAAAUCGUCAUCUGCUGCAGGUUUGACAGCAACAGUGGCUAAAGAGCCUGAGACUGGCGAGUUUUGUAUUGAGGCAGGUGCAUUGAUGCUGGCUGAUAAUGGUAUUUGUUGUAUUGAUGAAUUUGAUAAAAUGGAUAUAAGGGACCAGGUUGCCAUACAUGAAGCAAUGGAACAGCAGACCAUAAGUAUCACAAAAGCUGGAAUACAAGCCACAUUGAAUGCUAGAACCUCCAUUUUAGCAGCUGCAAAUCCUACUGGAGGACGAUAUGACAAGUCAAAACCACUCAAGUACAAUGUGGCCCUUCCUCCUGCUAUUCUUUCAAGGUUCGAUCUAGUAUAUGUUAUGAUUGAUGAACCAGAUGAAAACACUGAUUACCAUAUUGCCCACCACAUUGUGAGAGUUCAUCAGAAACGUGAAGAUGCACUUGCCCCUGCCUUUACCACCGCAGAGUUGAAGCGUUAUAUCACAUAUGCAAAGUCGUUGAAACCUCAGCUGAGCUCAGAAGCGAAAAAAGUGCUAGUGGAAUCAUAUGUAACUCUUCGCAGAGGGGACAGUACUCCUGGAACCAGAGUUGCUUACAGAAUGACAGUUAGGCAACUGGAGGCAUUGAUAAGGCUUUCUGAAGCCAUUGCUCGCUGUCACUUGGAGAAAGUGGUGCUUCCAGCACAUGUUCGCAUGGCAGUAAGGCUGCUAAAAACAUCCAUUAUCAGUGUUGAAUCAAGUGAAAUCGAUCUUUCUGAUUUCCAAGAUCAUGAAGAUGGUGACGGGAACAGGGCUUCAGAUCAAGCUGCUGCAGAACCCACUCCUGCAAAUGUUGAUCCAGUACCAGAAAAUGAAGGUAAUGAACAAGGGACUGAUAGUCGACAGAAGAAGAAACUGGUUAUAACAGAAGAUCAUUUUCAGAGAGUUACUCAAGCUCUUGUCAUGCGCUUGCGACAGCAUGAAGAGGCAGUAGUGCAAGAUGGAAGUGGUUUGGCUGGCAUGAAGCAAGGCGAUCUAAUUGUUUGGUAUGUCGAGCAGCAGAAUGCCCAAGGUGCAUACAGUUCCACUGAUGAGGUGCGGGAAGAGGUCAAGUGCAUCAAAGCUAUUAUAGAGAGAUUGAUACAAAGGGAAGGACAUCUGAUAGUCAUAGAUGAUGGGACAGGCUCAGCAGCUGUAGAUGGUGGUGAAGCAAGGAGAUCCUCUGAGAAUCGGAUUUUAGCUGUAGCCCCAAAUUAUGUCAUUGAUUGACAAAACAACCUAUAAAAUUUUAAUUUAUCCGCCAUCAAACAUGAUGAAGAUGUGUUUGGAACAAUACAAGGGGAAGACAUUAUGACUGCAGCUGGCUGUUGCUUGUGUUUGAUGGCAGAAACUAGGGUUUCUCAUCAGCAUCCAGGAAAACAGAUACUUGGUGAGUCACUCUGCAUGGAUGAUUCAUGUUGCAUAAUAGAAGCAUUAGGGCCAUUUGCCGGUGAUCUGCAGGUGAGAAUUUUAUUGUAUCAAGGAGAGAAUGAUAGCUUUAUUUAGUUUAUCAACAAAACUUUACUCCUAUGUUGGCUGAUAGGUUGUGUUUUUUCUUGUAAUGCAUCUGUUUAACAAUGGUGUAAUCAAACUGCAGCUUAAGCUACAGUACUUGCUUCCAUAUGACAUUGUCCAGUGACAGUUGAGUUUUAUAAGUUAACAUUUCAUUU